AUGCUUCAAAGUCUAGUAGUCCCUCAAACACCCAUAAACCCAAACCCAAUCAGUAACCCUAUCAAUUCAUCAGCCUCUUCUUCCAUGAAAACAAAGCGCGCCAUUGAAAUUUCUGCCGCCGGCGAGUCUUCCGGCGACCACGAAGAUGAUCCUACUCACAAGCGCAUCAACUUUUCCGGCGAAGACACAAUCUCAUCUGGCGAUAAAUCCCCUGUAACAGCUGAUCAAGUAGAACCCAUUAUAGACAACGAGUCAACAGGUCUACGCCUCCUGGGCCUCCUACUACAGUGCGCUGAGUGCGUAGCCAUGGACAACCUCGACGACGCUGGCGAUCUCUUACCGGAAAUCUCCGAGCUUUCUUCUCCGUUCGGGUCAUCGCCGGAGCGCGUGGCUGCUUACUUCGCUCAAGCUCUACGCGCCAGAAUCAUAAGCUCGUGUCUCGGAAGCUACUCGCCUCUGAACGUGAAGAUUUUGAGUCAAACUCACUCCCAAAACCUGUUCAACGCCCUCCAAACCUACAAUUCCAUAAGCCCUCUGAUCAAAUUCUCUCACUUCACAGCGAACCAAGCCAUCUUCCAGGCUCUGGAAGGCGAGGAUCAUGUCCACCUCAUCGAUCUCGACAUCAUGCAAGGCCUUCAAUGGCCAGGAUUGUUCCACAUCUUGGCAUCGAGAACACGAAAGAUCCGAUCCUUGAGGAUCACCGGAAUUGGAUCUUCCAUGGAGUUACUAGACUCCACCGGUCGGAUACUCGGUGCGUUCGCGAGUUCACUAGGUUUGCCGUUUGAGUUUCACCCUUUGGAGGGGAAGAUUGGGAACAUAGUUGAUCUGAGUCAACUCGGAGUGAGAGUGGGAGAAACUACGGUGGUGCACUGGAUGCACCAUUGUUUGUACGACAUAACUGGGAGUGAUUUGGGAACGUUGAGAUUGUUGACUUUGUUGAGACCCAAAUUGAUCACGAUGGUCGAACAAGACUUGAGUCAUGCUGGGAAUUUUUUGGGAAGGUUUGUUGAGGCGUUACAUUAUUAUUCGGCUUUGUUUGAUGCCUUGGGGGACGGAUUGGGUGUGGAGAGUGUAGAGAGGCAUAUGGUGGAACAGCAGUUGUUUGGGUGUGAGAUUAGAAACAUUGUGGCUGUUGGUGGGCCCAAGAGGACUGGUGAGGUUAAGGUGGAGAGGUGGGGUGAUGAGUUGAGGAGGAUCGGGUUCCGACCCGUUUCUCUUGCGGGUAACCCGGCAGCACAGGCUAGAUUGUUGCUUGGGAUGUUCCCUUGGAAGGGUUACAAUUUGGUUGAGGAAACUGGGUGCUUGAAAUUGGGUUGGAAGGAUCUAUGCUUGUUGACUGCUUCGGCUUGGCAACCGUCCGACUGA